AGCGGCAGAGGAGGGCUCAGCGGCGAGGGAACGCAGGGCGGGAGCGGAGGGAGGCGGCUCGUCCUCCCGCGAGCCUGCAAGGAUGCGGCAGGGGGUCGGGGGCCUGGGGAGGCACUAACUCCCCCGAGCCCCGAAGCCGGGUGUGCCCAGCCCGCAAGCUAAUUUCCUGCCAAGUGUAGCUGAGAAACAGCGGCGCCAGAAUAGCAAAGCGAGAGGGCAUUGGGGGUACUCAGCCUCGGAGUCUGUCCCUCUGCGAACCCGGGAAGAAGAGAGGAGAGAGUCAGUUGAGUGGUGAGGAAAAAGCAGAAAACCCUGUUUCCAGACUAGCUCUGGAGUGUCGGAAAGACUGGGGCGCUCGGCGCCCUCCUCUUCAAUGCCUCUCUGAGCAGUGUUUAGGAAGAGUGCGAGAGAAAGAGAGAGCGCGCGCCAGGGAGAGGAGAAAAGAAGAUGAGGAUUAUUUGCAGACAGAUUGUCUUGUUGUUUUCUGGAUUUUGGGGACUCGCCAUGGGAGCCUUUCCGAGCAGCGUGCAGAUAGGUGGUCUCUUCAUCCGAAACACAGAUCAGGAAUACACUGCUUUCCGAUUAGCAAUUUUUCUUCAUAACACCAGCCCCAAUGCGUCGGAAGCUCCUUUUAAUUUGGUACCUCACGUGGACAACAUUGAGACAGCCAACAGUUUUGCUGUAACAAACGCCUUCUGUUCCCAGUAUUCUAGAGGAGUUUUUGCCAUUUUUGGACUCUAUGAUAAGAGGUCGGUACACACGUUGACCUCAUUCUGCAGCGCCUUACACAUCUCCCUCAUUACACCAAGUUUUCCUACGGAGGGGGAGAGCCAGUUUGUGCUGCAGUUAAGGCCCUCCUUACGGGGGGCGCUGUUGAGUCUACUGGAUCACUAUGAAUGGAACUGUUUUGUCUUCCUGUACGACACAGACAGGGGAUACUCGAUACUUCAAGCUAUUAUGGAAAAAGCAGGACAAAAUGGUUGGCAUGUCAGUGCUAUAUGUGUGGAAAAUUUUAAUGAUGUCAGUUAUAGACAACUGCUAGAAGAACUGGACAGGAGACAAGAGAAGAAAUUUGUAAUAGACUGUGAAAUAGAAAGGCUUCAAAACAUAUUAGAACAGAUUGUAAGUGUUGGAAAGCAUGUUAAAGGCUACCAUUAUAUCAUUGCAAACUUGGGUUUCAAGGAUAUUUCCCUGGAGAGGUUUAUACAUGGUGGUGCCAACGUUACAGGAUUCCAGUUGGUAGAUUUUAAUACACCUAUGGUAACCAAGCUAAUGGAUCGCUGGAAGAAACUAGAUCAAAGAGAGUAUCCGGGAUCUGAAACUCCACCAAAGUACACCUCUGCUCUGACUUAUGAUGGAGUCCUCGUGAUGGCAGAAACUUUCCGGAAUCUUAGAAGGCAAAAAAUUGAUAUUUCAAGGAGAGGAAAUGCUGGAGACUGUCUGGCAAACCCUGCAGCUCCGUGGGGUCAAGGAAUUGACAUGGAGAGGACACUCAAACAGGUUCGAAUUCAAGGGCUUACAGGGAAUGUUCAGUUUGACCACUAUGGACGUAGAGUCAAUUACACAAUGGAUGUGUUCGAGCUUAAGAGCACAGGGCCAAGAAAGGUUGGUUACUGGAAUGAUAUGGAUAAACUGGUCUUGAUUCAAGAUGUACCCACUCUUGGAAAUGACACAGCAGCUAUUGAAAACAGAACAGUAGUUGUAACCACAAUCAUGGAAUCCCCAUAUGUUAUGUAUAAGAAGAAUCAUGAAAUGUUUGAAGGCAAUGACAAGUAUGAAGGAUACUGUGUAGAUUUGGCAUCUGAAAUUGCAAAACAUAUUGGUAUCAAGUAUAAAAUUGCCAUUGUCCCUGAUGGAAAGUACGGAGCAAGGGAUGCAGACACAAAAAUCUGGAAUGGGAUGGUAGGAGAACUUGUGUAUGGGAAAGCAGAGAUUGCCAUUGCCCCUCUGACAAUCACUUUGGUUCGAGAGGAGGUCAUUGAUUUCUCUAAGCCCUUCAUGAGUUUGGGGAUAUCUAUCAUGAUCAAAAAGCCUCAGAAAUCUAAACCGGGAGUGUUUUCCUUCUUGGACCCUUUGGCCUAUGAGAUCUGGAUGUGCAUAGUCUUUGCCUACAUUGGUGUCAGCGUGGUCUUGUUCCUAGUCAGUAGGUUUAGCCCAUAUGAAUGGCACACGGAAGAGCCUGAAGAUGGCAAGGAAGGACCGAGUGACCAGCCUCCCAAUGAGUUUGGCAUCUUUAACAGCCUCUGGUUCUCCCUGGGUGCUUUCAUGCAGCAGGGAUGUGACAUUUCACCCAGAUCCCUCUCAGGUCGAAUUGUUGGAGGCGUUUGGUGGUUCUUCACACUCAUCAUCAUCUCGUCUUACACUGCGAACCUCGCUGCUUUCCUGACUGUUGAGCGGAUGGUCUCCCCAAUAGAAAGUGCAGAAGACCUGGCCAAACAAACGGAAAUUGCCUAUGGAACAUUGGAUUCAGGAUCAACAAAGGAAUUCUUCAGAAGAUCAAAAAUAGCAGUGUACGAAAAGAUGUGGACCUACAUGCGAUCAGCAGAGCCGUCAGUGUUCACUAGGACUACAGCUGAGGGAGUAGCCCGUGUCCGCAAAUCCAAGGGCAAAUUUGCCUUUCUCCUGGAAUCCACUAUGAAUGAAUACAUUGAGCAGCGAAAGCCAUGUGACACGAUGAAAGUGGGAGGAAAUCUGGAUUCCAAAGGCUAUGGAGUAGCAACGCCCAAGGGUUCCUCAUUAAGAAAUGCUGUUAACCUCGCAGUUUUAAAACUGAAUGAACAAGGCCUCUUGGACAAAUUGAAAAACAAAUGGUGGUACGACAAAGGAGAAUGUGGCAGCGGGGGAGGUGACUCCAAGGACAAGACGAGUGCCUUGAGCCUGAGCAACGUAGCAGGCGUCUUCUACAUUCUGGUUGGCGGCUUGGGCUUGGCAAUGCUGGUGGCUUUGGUAGAGUUCUGUUACAAGUCCAGGGCAGAAGCGAAGAGAAUGAAGGUGGCAAAGAGUGCACAGACUUUUAACCCAACUUCCUCGCAGAAUACCCAGAAUUUAGCAACCUAUAGAGAAGGUUACAACGUAUAUGGAACCGAAAGUAUUAAAAUUUAGGGCUGACCUUUUCUGAAGCCAUAAGAAACAAAGCCAGACUAUCCAUCACUGGAAGCGUCGGGGAAAAUGGCCGCGUCUUGACGCCCGACUGCCCAAAGGCUGUCCACACGGGAACUGCAAUUAGACAAAGUUCAGGAUUGGCUGUCAUUGCAUCGGACCUACCAUAAAAACCAAAAAAAUAAUUGAGUGCCUUAAUUAAACUCUGUUGGUGACUGAUGGAAACGCAGCCCAGAGGGACACGCCCGAGCGCGCGCCUGGUGAACCAAGCCCUUGGCUGAGACCGGAGUGCGUCCCGGUGCGCAGGAAAUCAGCCGCAGCGUGUGCAUGAGCUCAGCUCGGAAACCCAAACUCAGAUUUUAUAUCAGGAAAACUCACAAUUUAGGUUUUUUCGGGGCGUGGGAGGGGGGGGAAGCUGGGACGGGUGUAUUAACAGCAACAAAUUUCACUCGGGUGGACUUAAAAACUAAUCAGACUUGCGAGUUAGCGCAUUAAACUGUGAAGUUCUUGCUCAGAAAGGCCUUUGUCUUCACGCAAGGGAUAAAAUAGUUCUAGAAGUCAAUGAACAUGCUAACCUGUGUCUCCAGAACACCCAUAUAUUCAAUGGAAGGAUAUCCAGCAGAGAAAACAAAAGUCACUAAACUGUGAUAAGCAAAAUAAUUAAAAAAAUAUGUAAAUCCUGUGAAAAACAAAAUUUAAAGAGAGUAUUUACACUUAACUUUGGAGAAAAAUACUGAAACAUGCUUGCUUUUUAACUGACGUAAAUUCAGUAGAGGACAACACGUUUCUUUUUUCUAACCAUCUUAGGGAACAAUACAUUGCAAUAAUUGAUAUAAAUGCCAUCACUGUAAUAAACUUUGCAGACUUUUUUAAAAUAUAAAUAUAUAUAUAUAUAAAAGUUGUUGGUCAUCUCGUUUGCUGUGACCUUCACUCUGUGACAUGAGUCAGUUUGUCCACAGAUUGCAUUUGUCUCACUUCCAGGAGUUAAAAAAAAAGAAGAAGGUGAUAGCCUAAAAUCAUCAGUCUGCAAUUUAGAGUCAAAAGAGACUAUGGGUCACUCAUGUUAUCAAUAUUAUUUAUAAUCUUGUGUACAAAAUUGUGGUUUUUGUACUCACCAAAAAAAAAAAAGAAGAAUAAAAACUAUAGACAUUCUUACAAUGUCUACAGAACUUAAAGGU